AUGAACUUCUCUGAACUGUUCAAACAGUCCAACCAUCUCUGCAAAGUGUCUCCAGACGGGAAAUAUCUGGCCACGUGUGUGCAGUACAGGCUGGUGGUACGCGAUAUGUCCACGCUGCAGAUCCUCCAGCUCUACACCUGUCUGGACCAGAUCUCUCACAUGGAGUGGUCGUCCGACUCCCAGUUUGUCCUCUGCGCCAUCUACAAGAGAGGCCUGGUACAGGUCUGGUCUCUGGAGCAGCCCGAGUGGCACUGCAAGAUUGACGAGGGCUCUAUUGGCCUCACCUCCUCGCGCUGGAGCCCUGACGGACGUCACAUUCUCAACACCACCGAGUUCAACCUCAGAAUCACUGUGUGGUCGCUGUGCACCAAAGCAGUAUCUUACAUCAAGUAUCCAAAAGCGUGUCAAAAAGCUCUGGACUUCAGCAGAGAUGGCUGUUACAUGGCGCUGGCCGAGCGCAGAGACUGCAAGGACUACGUCAGCGUCUUUGUCUGCGACGACUGGCACUUACUGAGGCACUUUGAGACCGAGACUCAAGACCUGGCUGGACUGGAGUGGUCCCCGAAUGGUUGUGUGCUCGCAGUGUGGGAGAGCUGUCUCGAGUAUAAGGUGCUGCUGUACUCGCUGGACGGGCGUCUUCUCUCCACCUACAGUGCCUAUGAGUGGUCUCUGGGAAUCAAGUCUGUGGCCUGGAGCCCCAGCAGUCAGUUCCUGGCCAUCGGCAGCUACGACGAGAAAGUAAGAAUCCUCAAUCACAUCACAUGGAAGAAAAUCGCACAGUUUGAUCAUCCUUCAACGAUCACAAAGACCAAAGCUGUUGUGUAUAAGGAGGAGGAGAAGCGUCCAGCCCUGAGUGAGGACCUGUCCCUGCACUUGAACUCAAGCUCCUCUCUCUUCAGCUCACAGAGUAAAUAUGAGAUCUUGUCUCUGCCGGUGCAUCUGCCGGUCGUCAAACCAGACCCAGAACGCGCCAACCCCAAGAUCGGCGUCUCCAACCUGGUCUUCAGCUCGGACAGCCGCUACCUAGCAACCAAAAACGACAGUAUACCAUGUGUCCUGUGGGUGUGGGACCUGCAGAGUAUGACCAGUGUGGCUGUGCUGGAGCAGACCUCCCCAGUGCGUUGCUUCCAGUGGGACCCCCGGCAGAACCGCCUUGCUCUUUGUACCGCCAACGCUAAGCUGUACCUGUGGUCUCCAGGGGGGUGUGUUGCCGUGCAGGUCCCAGCACCAGGAGGAUUCCAGGUGCAGGCUCUGAACUGGCACAACACUGGACACUCACUGGUCCUGGUGGGGAAAGACCAGCUCUGUCUCUGCUACAUGGACGAGGACCAGGACCAGGAUCAGGACUAG